AUGAUUGCUUCAUCACUCCUGUACGGCCUCCUCGCCGCCGCGUCAGUAGUCGACGCAGCAUCGCACAAGAAGCAGAUCAAGUACGAGGUCGUGCCUGGCAUCUUCGCGCAGGACGAUAACGCCACGGACCCCACGACGUUCAACUUCUUGACCUCCAACUUCGGCCUGCUCAACCGCACCUACCCCAGCGACCCCGUGACGCCGGACAGCAAGUACACCACGCAAUGGCAGCGCCUGAACAAGUACAUCAAGGCCCUGAAUAAGGAGAAGAAGACCCGCUACUCCCUACUCUUCCUUGGCCGCCACGGUGAAGGCUUCCACAACGCCGCUGAAACCUACUUCGGCACACCGGCUUGGAACUGCUACUGGUCUGAAUUGGACGGCAAUGCCACCGUGACGUGGGCCGACGCAAAGCUGACCCAGAACGGAAUCAAGCAGGCCCAAGACGUGAACGCCUUCUGGGCGCACCUCAUCGCCGACGAGAAGAUUUCGCCCCCGGAGAGCUACUACACCAGCCCUCUGUACCGCUGCCUGGACACCGCGAAACUCACCUUCUCGAACCUAACGUUGCCAAAGAAGAGCCUCUUUGUGCCGACAGUCAAGGAGUUGCUGCGCGAGGGCAUCAGCGCGCACACCUGUGACCGCCGCAGCAGCAAGACGUAUAUCCACCAGAACUUCCCCAGCUACAGGUUCGAGAAGGGCUUUGCCGAAGAGGAUCCGUACUGGAAGGAGCUCAUGGCUGAGCCGAGCGCGGACCAGGACAUCCGCUCCAAAGCUGUUCUUGACGAUAUUUUCUCGAACGAUGAUAGCACGUACAUCUCCAUCACGAGCCAUUCUGGCGAGAUCAGCAGCCUGCUGCGCGUACUUGGCCACCGCACCUUCAGGCUUGCGACCGGCGCUGCGAUUCCAGUGCUGGUCAAGCAGACUACGCUCACGGGCGAUGCACCGGUUACUACGACUGUGCCGUGGGAUGCGCAGGCCACGUGCACUGCGCCGCCUACAAUUCGCGAUUCGAGCUGCAACGACUGCUCGUGCUGUCUGUAG